CUGUUGGUGGAGUUUGGGCGGAAACGGCGCGCGGUGACAGCUGGGAACUUCAGCACGCUCAUACAGGAAGACAACGCAGACGGGGAGCCCUAACACACCCAUUCAACAUCAAAGAUUAAAGCCAGGACCACUGUAACAUUUCUCAGACGGUAAAGUGAGCAGGUAUGGCAGAGCUGGCGGGUCUAGUGCAGCGUUUGGAGGUGGCUGUGGGCCGUCUGGAGUCCAUGUCUGGAGGUGGAGGUGGAGUAAGCGGCCCUGCUGCUGGAUCUGGAGCGGUGUCGGCGUAUGUUGAAGCCUAUGACGGUUUGAUCUCUGGCCCUGUGGCUCAGUACGCUGCCCUCAGUCAGAAGAUCGGGGGAGACGUUCAGAAGCAUGCUGAGAUGAUGAAGCAGGCCUUUUCCUGUCAAAGACAGCUUCUGGUCACUGCCUCCCGUUCUCAGAAACCUUCUGAAUCCGCCCUGGCCCCUCUUCUGGCCCCCGUGUCUAAAGUGAUCCAGGAGGUGCAGGCGUUCAGAGAGAAGAACCGCUCCUCUCCUCUCUUCAACCACCUCUCUGCGGUCAGCGAGAGUAUCCCCGCCCUCGGCUGGGUCGCCAUGGCCCCAAAGCCAGGCCCCUUUGUGAAGGACAUGCAGGACGCAGCCAUGUUUUACACCAACCGUGUCCUCAAGGAUUACAAGGAGAAAGAUAAGAUGCAUGUGGACUGGGUCAAGGCCUAUCUGUCCAUUUGGACCGAGCUGCAGGCCUACAUCAAGCAGCACCACACCACUGGAUUGAGCUGGAGCAAGACUGGUCCCGUAGCUUCGGCCUCUGGUGGCGCUCCGCCUCCCCCCGGCCCUCCUCCACCCCCCAUGGACUUCGGUGAAAAGUCUUCAGGUGGAGACUCUGGAGCAGUCUCUCGCAAUGCUCUCUUCGCCUCUCUCAACAAGGGAGCAGAUAUUACUAAAGGACUGAAGCAUGUGUCUGAUGACAAGAAGACCCACAAGAAUCCUGCGCUCAAAACCCAAACCGGUCCUUUGCCCACUGGGCCCAAACCCUUCGCUUCUCGGCCCACGGCAGCGGCCAGCCCGGCCCGCACUCUUCCCCCAGUGCUGGAGCUGGACGGCAAGAAAUGGAAAGUGGAAAACCAGGAAGGUGCCCAGGGCCUUGUGAUCAGUGACACAGAACUGAAACAGGUGGUUUAUGCCUUUAAGUGCAACAACAGCACUUUACAGGUGAAGGGGAAGAUCAACUCCAUUAUUGUAGAUAACUGUAAGAAAAUGGGUCUUGUCUUUGACGAUGUUGUGGGUAUUAUUGAGGUGAUCAACUGCAGGGAUGUUAAGAUCCAGGUUAUGGGUAAAGUGCCAACCAUCUCCAUCAACAAGACAGAUGGCUGCCAUGUGUACCUGAGCAAAGACUCUCUGGCAUGUGAAAUCAUCAGCGCUAAGAGCUCAGAGAUGAACGUGCUGGUGCCCAACAAAGAUGGAGAAUAUACUGAGAUCCCAGUCCCUGAACAGUUCAAAACCAUUUGGGAUGGCAGCAAGCUGGUCACCACAGCAACCGAGAUUGCCGGAUAAAGGACCAACCUGUGCGAGAGACCGCCCCCAUUGCAGUGUCCUACCUGACUGACCAAUGAGCUUAAACUACAAAGUAGAAUGGAAUGCCAACCAGGUCAACUCCCCUAUCAGCCAAUCACAGCGGCAAUCACAUCUUCCUUCAGCUAGUGACAUGCUUACCAGAAACACUCGCUCAGUCAAUGGCAGGGCAUCAUUCUCCUUCUAUUCCAUUGAUUAAAACAUUAGCACUUGAAAUCGAUUGCCAACAGUUGGGGUGUUUUCAUGUUUUGUUUUUGUCUUGCAGCCAUAUAAAAUAACACAUGAAUGGCCAACAAGAGGAAUCAAGUCAUUUUAUCAUAAUUGUGUUUUGUAUUUUUGAUUCUCUUUUUUUUCCCAUUUUGCAUUUUCUGGUCAGGGGGCAAGUUUUGGGGGGAGGGUCACUGCGUUUUCUGUUUGACAUAUGCAAUUCAGAUAUGAAGCACACAAAUGUCCCUCUUCUGACCACCAACACAGACAUUUACUGUAACUUUUAUUUAAAAAAAUAAAUUAAAAAAAUCCAAGGGAUAAUUAGAAAUGAGGAUUUGUCAAAUCUUAUUUAGAGGGUGAAUUGGCAUUUUGAGCAACUUGCAGAAUCACAGUUAUAAUUCCAAUCGUGUCAUUGAAAAACUAUAGUUGCUUUAGAAAUUCUCUUUUCCCUCUUUAUUUCAUCUUGUAUUCUAGAGCACAUGCAACAUUCCCUGUAAUGUAAAUAAAUUAACAUUCCAUGGUUCGUGAUGGAAAGGUGUGGAAAGCAUUUUGAUGUCUUGAGUGUUUUUGGCACAAACUGGAGAGGC